GCGCCGGCGCUGCGUGAUGACGCAAAAUGCUGUGGUGACGCAGCGCGCGGCGGGUGGAGAGAGACGGCGACGAGCGGAGGGGGAGGAGGAGGUUACAGUGUGGAGAGGAGAGAGAGAGUGAAGAUUCGUUCAGAGGCACAGUGUGUGGGGAUCGGAGUGAAGGACGGUUAGGAGCAGGAUGUGUGGGCGCACAGCAUGCACCCUGGCUCCCGAGGAGAUCGCCCGAGCCUGCGCCUUUCGGGACAAACUCGGGAGGCGGAGGAAUCCCGACUGGAGAGACGGAGAUCAGGAUAAGUACCGACCCUCGUUCAACAAAUGCCCACAGUCCAACAGUCCGGUCUUGGUGUCCAGGAAGCACUUUGAGAAAGACGCAGACAGCGCUGAGCCUGUCCUCACCGCCAUGCGCUGGGGUCUCGUCCCCUCCUGGUUUCGGGAAAGUGACCCAUCCAAAAUGCCGUACAGCACCAGCAACUGCCGGAGUGAGGGCAUGACCCAGAAGAAAUCAUACAAGGAGCCGCUCUUUAAGGGGCAGCGUUGUGUGGUGUUGGCCGAUGGGUUCUACGAGUGGAAGAAACAAACUGGGCAGAAACAGCCGUAUUUCAUCUACUUCCCGCAGAGCUGCAAGAAAGAGGAGACGGAUGGUGAGGAUGAGCCCGAGGAGUGGCAGGGCUGGCGUAUGCUGACCAUGGCCGGACUGUUUGACUCUUGGCAGCCACCAAACGGAGGGGAACCACUUUACACCUACACUGUCAUCACAGUGGAUGCUUCGAAAGCAAUGGAUUGUGUACACGACAGGAUGCCUGCUAUCCUGGACGGGGACGACGCCGUCAGGAAGUGGCUGGAUUACGGAGAGGUUCCCGUGAAGGAGGCUGUGAAACUGAUUGAACCAACGGAGAACAUCUCCCUUCACCCAGUCUCCACCGUAGUCAACAACUCCAGGAACAACCUUCCCGAGUGCAUUAAGCCCAUAGAGCUGGGAGUUAAAAAGGAAGCCAAGCCAACUCCAAGCAGUCAAAUGAUGAUGAAUUGGCUGAAGAACGGCUCCCCCGUAAAACAAGAGAAAUCCCAGUCUGCCGAGGCCGAAAGUCCGAAGAAAAGCAGCGUGGGUUUGAUGCAGAUGUGGCUGAAAAAAUCGGAGGAACCUGAAGCGAAGAAACCACGGACAGCGUGAGGUAUGGAGGAGAGCUGGUCUGGCCGCUCAGCUUAUUUAUCAUAUGUUUAAAGAACAAUGUAAACUUGUUGGAGUUUGGAGAGAUGUGGUGCUCGCUGUUAUCGGGCUGAUAGAGAGUUGCUUACUUGCAUUUUGUUAAAAUAUUCUCUUGGGAGUCGUAGCUUGGCUUUCUGGACUGUUGCUUAUAAAUGGAUUGUUAAUUGUUACAGAAACGGUCUCUGCUUUGGGCAAACACAUUCAGGUUAAAGUUAUUUUCUUGCCAGCGAUUGUGCGCGGAACAUAUUUGCACCCCUGUACUGAUGAGCAUUACUGCAGUUGCAUUGCAUUCCAAAUAAAUCUACCCUCGAACCUUGA